AUGGCAGGACACAGGACCUCAAACUUGAACCCCCUUCAAUCCAGUGGCGGGGGUGGCUCCGGAGGGCCAGUGUCCAUGAGGGUUGACACUCCAACCUUAUUGAGUGCCCAGGUGGCUCCUGGCAGGAUGAUGGUCCAGCCAGGAGUUGGGCCAGGCAUUUUCCCAGGCCCUGACAUGUGGGGGGUACCCCUGGGUCCCCUGCCUUAUGAAUUCCGGGGCAGGAUGACCUCCUGUGGAGCUGGCGAAAUAGGAGUCUGGUGCCAGAGGCCCCCCGAGGGCACUUGUUCUGGACCUUACAUUGCUCUGCGGAGCCUCCCGAAAUUGGCACUGCCCGAAGAUGUCUUAGCUAUUAAAAAGGAGAUGGAGCAGCUGGCUAAAGAGCUGAAGCUGAAGAGGAUGACCCUAGGGUAUUCGCAGGCGGAUGUGGGGUUCGCCGUGGGAGCUAUGUUUGGAAAGGUGCUGAGCCAGACAACCAUAUGCCGCUUCGAGGCCCAGCAGCUCAGCCUCGCCAACAUGUGCAAGCUGCAGCCGCUGCUGAAAAUGUGGCUAGAGGAAGUGGAUGCCAAGAACCUUCUGGGCUUAUGCAAAAUGGAGAUGAUUCUGCAGCAAGCUCGGAAACGGAGACGGGCAAGCAGGGAGAGACGAAUCAGAAACCACCUGGAGAAACUCUUCCUGCAGUGCCCAAAGCCUACACCCCAGCAAAUCAGCCGCAUCGCUGGGCACCUCCGACUGCAGAAGGACUUGGUCCAAAUUUGGUUCUAUAACCGGAACCAGAUGGGCAGUCGGCCAAUCAACGACGCCUUCCCACUGGAGAAUGUGGGAAUGGCCGGGCCUCCUUUCCCACCAGCGUGCUUUCCCCUGGCACCAGGGCUCCAUUUUGAUUUCCCCCACUAUGGGGGGUCCUACCUUACACCCAUGUACUCCUCUACCCGUUUUCCUGGGGGAGGAGCCCUCCUCUGUGCCCCGGCCACCACUCUGGGCCUCCCCAGGCUUUCAAGCUGA